AUGCUCGCUUCCACACUACUCGCCAUCGGCCUUGCCUGGCCUACAAGCGCCUCAGGCCUUCUGCCGUGCCAGGAAUCGUCAGCGCCCUAUUGUCCACCUCGCUCAGCAAGUCCAGAGGAACAGAGGGGGAUCCUCGGAGAAUUCAUCCAAGCCUUUUACAAAGAUAGAAAUGGCACGAAAGCUUUACUCAAUCACGUUGCGGAGGAUUACAUCCAGCACAACCCGGACAUACUCUCCGGCCGACAGAACUCUCUCGACGUUCUUGGCCCAUUCCUGUCCCCAAAUAACGUCAACUACACGAUCAUGAACAAGGGCUUGGACAACAGUAUCGCUUAUAUCCAUUACCGAAUGGAUCUUGUCGGAGGUGGACAGCCUUCGGCUGUCGUUGAUGUCUUUAGAUUCGACGGCACUUGCAUCGUGGAACAUUGGGACGUGGCACAGCAACGGCCCGCAAACGCGACCAACCCCAUCGCAAUGUUUUGA